CCGGCGACCCUAGUUGCCAUCAAGUUGCCAUCACGAUCAUGACGUUACAUUCACUUACGUAGAUCGAAACUUGGCCUCAACUGGUCAUGGUCAUGAAUAUGAUGCUGUGCCAUUCAGCAAGGAAUGGCAUGUAAUACAAGCCUCGUAGCGAUGCGGCUCAUGAUAUAUUUGCUGAUAUGCCACUAACACGCAGAUCAGUACUCAGUGAUGGGCCGACCAAAUUGGAACAUACGUAGAAUGCGCAGCAUCGGGCUGCAUACAUGGCACUUGAAGCCUGAGAUUGUGGGAAAGAGAGUGGCCGAUACGUUGUAACUAGUAACAGGCCGCCGCAAAUUCUCAACGCCUUGUUUCUGUUGAAUAUUAUCUCAACAUAAUGUUUACUACUGACUCGGACGUGCAGCAGAUAUUGUUGUGCAUUUACGCCGUCUUCGCGGGGAACAGUAUCCUGAUAUACGACCAUGUGAUGACUCUACCAGAAGAAAUCGUUUUGAUCUGGCGUCGUCCAAAAGGACUGUUUGCAAUGUUAUUUCUGCUUAAUCGUUAUCUCGCUCUUCUCGGCAUCAUCUGCAGCAUGGUUAUGCAACCCUUUCUUGUUUCAGAUGAGGUUCUAUAUUUCGUUAUGCAUGUACUCAACGUGUGGGCUCACAACUUCUUUCUUUGUUCGAAAUAUACGAUAUCAAGACAACUGGAUAUCUUUUUCCAAGCAAUCAUCAUAUGCAUCAUAAUGGCCAUGCGCAUUUACGCUCUCUACGGCUGUAACCAACACCUGCUUACUUGGAUGGCCAUCAUCAUCAUUGCUCUUGUGGGGGUAGCUUGUGCUGUCACUUUUGCACAAGUUUCAGGUGAUGCGGCAAUCUUGCCGAGAAUUGGCUGCUAUGAAGUGUAUACAACAGAGACAGCUGCCCGAAUUGGGCUGGCAUGGGUGGCCCUGUUUGUCUUCGAUUUACUUAUAUUCGUCCUCACAGUGUACAAGAUUUACAAAAUAAGGGGUUUGCCGCGGUUGUCUCUGAUAACCAGGAGAAAUGUUAUUGAUGUCAUAUUUCAGGAUGGUGUAAUGUAUUUCGGAGCUAUAGCACUAAUCAAUAUACCAAACAUCCUGACAUACUACUCUGGUUCAGUGAGAAUACAAACUCGCACCUUACGUCAACUAUUUUCCUGACGAUUAGCAAGGUUGCUAUCAGAGGCAGUCUGUGCAAUUUCACCAGCUGUAUA